GGGGACAGAACCGCAACAAGGGCAGGGUGAGACGGACAGACGGACACGGGACCGGGGGAUGGACAGGGGGACAGAACCGCAACAAGGGCAGGGUGAGACGGACAGACGGACACGGGACCGGGGGAUGGACAGGGGGACAGAACCGCAACAAGGGCAGGGUGAGACGGACAGACGGACACGGGACCGGGGGAUGGACAGGGGGACAGAACCGCAACAAGGGCAGGGUGAGACGGACAGACGGACACGGGACCGGGGGAUGGACAGGGGGACAGAACCGCAACAAGGGCAGGGUGAGACGGACAGACGGACACGGGACCGGGGGAUGGACAGGGGGACAGAACCGCAACAAGGGCAGGGUGAGACGGACAGACGGACACGGGACCGGGGGAUGGACAGGGGGACAGAACCGCAACAAGGGCAGGGUGAGACGGACAGACGGACACGGGACCGGGGGAUGGACAGGGGGACAGAACCGCAACAAGGGCAGGGUGAGACGGACAGACGGACACGGGACCGGGGGAUGGACAGGGGGACAGAACCGCAACAAGGGCAGGGUGAGACGGACAGACGGACACGGGACCGGGGGAUGGACAGGGGGACAGAACCGCAACAAGGGCAGGGUGAGACGGACAGACGGACACGGGACCGGGGGAUGGACAGGGGGACAGAACCGCAACAAGGGCAGGGUGAGACGGACAGACGGACACGGGACCGGGGGAUGGACAGGGGGACAGAACCGCAACAAGGGCAGGGUGAGACGGACAGACGGACACGGGACCGGGGGAUGGACAGGGGGACAGAACCGCAACAAGGGCAGGGUGAGACGGACAGACGGACACGGGACCGGGGGAUGGACAGGGGGACAGAACCGCAACAAGGGCAGGGUGAGACGGACAGACGGACACGGGACCGGGGGAUGGACAGGGGGACAGAACCGCAACAAGGGCAGGGUGAGACGGACAGACGGACACGGGACCGGGGGAUGGACAGGGGGACAGAACCGCAACAAGGGCAGGGUGAGACGGACAGACGGACACGGGACCGGGGGAUGGACAGGGGGACAGAACCGCAACAAGGGCAGGGUGAGACGGACAGACGGACACGGGACCGGGGGAUGGACAGGGGGACAGAACCGCAACAAGGGCAGGGUGAGACGGACAGACGGACACGGGACCGGGGGAUGGACAGGGGGACAGAACCGCAACAAGGGCAGGGUGAGACGGACAGACGGACACGGGACCGGGGGAUGGACAGGGGGACAGAACCGCAACAAGGGCAGGGUGAGACGGACAGACGGACACGGGACCGGGGGAUGGACAGGGGGACAGAACCGCAACAAGGGCAGGGUGAGACGGACAGACGGACACGGGACCGGGGGAUGGACAGGGGGACAGAACCGCAACAAGGGCAGGGUGAGACGGACAGACGGACACGGGACCGGGGGAUGGACAGGGGGACAGAACCGCAACAAGGGCAGGGUGAGACGGACAGACGGACACGGGACCGGGGGAUGGACAGGGGGACAGAACCGCAACAAGGGCAGGGUGAGACGGACAGACGGACACGGGACCGGGGGAUGGACAGGGGGACAGAACCGCAACAAGGGCAAG